AUGGCUCAAAUUGCAAUCGGAGUAAGAAUUCCUCAAGGAUUUAUCAGAGAACCAUCACCAUCUAGAAAAGGUAUUGGCCAGGCUGAAUCAAUGAAAAAGGUUCUAAAAGGUAUCAUUGAAAGAAUGAUUAAAGAUAAACCCAAAAUUUGGCAUGAAAUCUUGUCAGAAGCAUUGUGGACCUACAGAACUUCAAAGAAAACUGUAACAAGAAUCACACCAUUCAUGCUUACUUUUGGGCAUGAUGCACUCUUGCCUAGGGAAGUUACUGUGAAGUCCUUAAGAGUUGCCUUCCAAAAUGGGUUAAAUCCUACUAAAUACAAUCAAGCUAUGUUCAUGGAGAUUGAAGACUUGGAUGAAGUAAGGUUGGCAACCUUGGAUCAUCUUUUAGUACAGAAACAAAGAGUUACCAGGGCUUAUAAUCGAAGAGUCAGAACAACGAGCAUUGCAGAAAAUGACUUAGUCUGGAAAGUAGUCCUGUCAUUUGGUGCAAAAGAUCCUAAGUUUAGGAAAUGGUCUAGAAGUUGGGAGGGCCUAUUCCAAGCUUUUAGAAUAUGCAAAGGAGGUUCUUACUAG